AUGAUUACAUCAUAUUUUCCAAAAUAUGUGGCACUAUUUGCCAUCUGUGUCCUAUGUGUGGGUGCAUUGGACACUUUCAUUGCUGCAGUGUAUGAACACGCUGUCAUAUUACCAAACAGAACAGGGACACCAGUUUCCAAAGAAGAAGCUUUGCUCCUGAUGAACAAGAACAUGGAUGUUUUGGAGAACGCAGUUAAACUGGCAGCCAGGCAGGGCGCACAUAUCAUUGUUACCCCAGAAGAUGGAAUUUAUGGCUGGGUUUUCACAAGAGAGACCAUUUACCCCUAUCUGGAAGAUAUCCCAGACCCAGAGGUGAACUGGAUUCCAUGUACAGAUCCCCAGAGGUUUGGCUACACCCCAGUGCAACAAAGGCUCAGCUGCCUGGCCAAGGACAACUCCAUCUACGUUGUGGCAAAUAUUGGGGACAAGAAACCAUGCAAUACCAGUGACCCUCAGUGUCCCCCCGAUGGCCGUUACCAGUACAACACUGAUGUGGUGUUUGAUUCUGAGGGUAGGCUGGUGGCACGCUACCAUAAGUACAAUCUUUUUGCGCCUGAAAUUCAAUUUGAUUUCCCCAAGGAUUCAGAAUCUGUGACUUUUGAGACUCCUUUUGGGAAGUUUGGCAUUUUCACUUGCUUUGACAUUUUUUCUCACACCCCAGCUGUGGUGGUGGUGGAUGAGUUUCAAGUGGACAGCGUCCUCUACCCGGUGGCGUGGUACAACACGCUGCCCCUUCUGUCGGCUGUUCCCUUCCACUCUGCGUGGGCCAGAGCCAUGAGAGUCAACUUGCUUGCUGCGAAUACCCACAACACCAGCAUGCACAUGACAGGGAGUGGAAUCUACGCACCGGAAGCGGUCAAAGUGUAUCACUAUGACAUGGAAACAGAGAGUGGCCAGCUGAUGCUGUCCGAACUGAAGUCCCGGCCGCGAAGUGAACCCACCUAUCCUGCAGCUGUUGACUGGAGUGCUUAUGCCAGAAGUGUCAAGCCAUUCUUGUCUGAACAGUCAAAUUUUCCGGGGAUGAUUUAUUUUGAUGAGCUCACCUUCAUUGAGCUUAAGAGAAACACAGGAAAUUACACAGUUUGCCAGAAAGACCUGUGCUGUCACUUAACUUACAAGAUGUCGGAGAAACGAACAGAUGAGGUUUACGCACUAGGUGCUUUUGACGGACUGCACACGGUAGAAGGUCAAUAGUACCUACAGAUAUGCACAUUACUGAAGUGUCAAAUCAGUGACCUGAGAACUUGUGGGGAGCCCGUGGGGUCAGCUUUCACCAAGUUGGAAGAAUUCUCCCUCAGCGGCACAUUUGCAACACGUUAUGUUUUCCCACAGAUCAUUCUCAGUGGAAGUCAGCUUGCUCCUGAAAGGCAUUAUGAGGUCUUGAGAGACGGACGUCUGAGGAGCCGAAGCAGAACCCCUCUGCCUGUCUUAGUUUUGGCCCUGUACGGAAGAGUGUUUGACAAAGACCCUCCGCGCUUGGGGCAAGGACCCCGGAGAUUAGAAUGA